GUAUUUAAUAACUAUGUGGUCGCCUUCUCCUAUUGCUCCCUCUAUUUGCCCCAACUUGGCUGAUACGCUACUCAAACAACUCCGAUAUCAUCCGUUUGCCCCCUGCCCCGAAAUGAACCAUGACCUCGUAGCGGGUAACCCGGUUGCCCGUGCACCCAAACCUUUGGCCGCAGUCUUCGGACCCAAGUCAAAAACCAGUGACCCGGUUGACCGUGCAUCCGAACCUUUGGCCCCAGCCUUCGGACCCGAGUCAAAAACCGGUGACCCGGUUGACUGUAGUGCCAAAACAACCCGAUACUACAUGGUCCUCCUGACCGCCGGAGACAAAGCUCUUAGCCCAGAAAGCAUCCGAGUGAUGGAUGUCACCGACCCGAUUCCGAAGGGCUGUAUGAUCAAAGCUCGCGCCUUUUGCUCCGGUGUCGCCUUCAACUUCAAUUUCUCGGCGGCGGACAAGUUCGACUUCAUGAAACUUUGCGUGAUAUCGAGUGAUGACGAGUUCGGCGGCGAUGAAGGACGCACAAUAAUUGAUCUGGAUCGGGUCAGUAACUCCGAAAUGGCCGACCCGAACAUCAUACAUAGCCUGGCGAGUUCGGCGGCGAUGAAGGCACUGGUGUCGUCCGCGAAGGAGAUCAACCUCGCCGAAUUUGUGGGUCGUGUGUGUGACUACGUGGCCACCAAAUUCGGCGAGGAGAAGAAAAGCGAGUACCUGAAGAUGUUGACUUCCAGUGGACUCGGAAGUUUGGACGCGGUGGAGAUAUGGCACAUGUUGACUCUGCAAGACCGAGUUAUGGAGGCAGUGAUGGAAAGCUUCCGAAUCGGGCUGUUUAUGAAAAUGCCCAUAACCAUUGACAUGCCAAUGCCACCCACCGCCUCCAUGACCCACCCAACUCCGUGGGCAUCGGGGUGGAAGGUGGGUUGCUCUUCCGCUAAAGGGUUGAAGCCCAGGCCUUGCAUUCCAGACCUCAACCAAGUUGCAGUGGACCUACUGGAAGAGGAGGAGGAGACUGAUAAAAGUAGUGUUGGUGAGGUGGAGGGAAGGAAUGCCAAGAAAAGGAAGGCGAAGGAGGCUGCUGGAAAGGAAGCACAGGCCGAUGAGGUGCCCAAAACAGCUGACUGAUGAACCACCUUGAUGAGUUUGAUGGUUUAAUUUUGCACUUGCUCAGAGUAAUUUUUGUAUGGUGUGCUUGAAGCUGACUAGCUAGAAAAUGAAAAAAGAAAAGAAAAAAGUAGCUAGCAGCUUAGUGUUAUAUGUUUGGAUAUUUUAUAAAGAAUAGCUGAGCAGAUUUUCGGUGUGCCACUCACUUGUUACUGGCAUAUUGAAUGGUUUUAUUAUGAG